AUGAGCAGGCAGUGGGGGCUGGACACCACAUCGCUGCAGCUGGAGGCAAAGGAGCUGGAGCUGGUCACUGGCCGUGACGGCCGGCUGGUGGAGCUGGGGGAGGGGGCCUAUGCUGUGGUCUACCUGGGCAGCCUGUCGGGCGCCCAGGUGGCAGUCAAGGUGUAUGAGCUGGAUCAUGGCAUGGACGCCAGCGUGAUGUGGCGAGAGGCGGCGAUGCUACGGGAUGCCGUGCACGACCACAUCGUGCCGCUGUACGGAGUGGCGGUCAAGGGGAGGAUGGUGAUGCUGGCCAUGAAGCUCAUGCGGGGAGGCACGCUGCGGGCGGCGCUGCAGCAGGCCGACAAGCGAGAAGCACUGCGCUGGCGGGCCGGAGGGCGGCAGGCUGCGCUGGAAGUGGCCUCCGCACUGGUGUUCCUUCACACCGAGCUCAACGUCCUCCACAGCGACCUGAGCAGCAGCAAUGUGCUGCUGGAUGCUGGCUUGACUGCUUCUAUCAGCGAUCUGGGUGUUGCCCGCUUUGUGGGCAGCAGCGCGCUCAGUGCCGGCGCCUUCUGCCUCACGCACGCAGCCCCCGAGCAGGUUCUGGGGCAACGCUGCACGCUUACAGCCGACAUCUACAGCCUCGGCAUCCUGCUGGUCGAGCUGACCACGCAGCAGGCGGUGACAAGGCGCGGCGGCUGGCGCCUCCCACUGGCCCCUCAAGAGUGCUCCCCGGCGGUGCUUGCUCUCAUCGAGCGCUGCACUGCGGCGGACCCGCUGCAGCGCCCCCCCGCCACCCAGGUGCUGCAGCAGCUGCAGGAAGACGUGGGCUGA